AUGCGGCUCAAUGCCGUUCCGUCUUCCGGCAUUCUAUCCACCCUGUUCCGCUCCGGGGCCGGGCCAACGUCCGGUCGAUGGUCAUCUACACGUGCUGUUGGCCAAACCUCUCUCAAGCUUAUUGCUCAUCAACAUCUCACGGAAACAGGAUCUGAUACUUUUGUCUCUUAUGACGCUGCCCACGCUGCUCAGGAGGACCUACGCUCUCGGUUUCUCCGAUGGAAGGGUUUGACUGAUGAAGAGCAAAGGGGCCAAGUACCUCGUCCUCAUCUUGUUUCUUUUGAGCCUACACCAACUCUUACCCUGGGGCGUCGUCAACCGCCUCUGACUCCGGCCCAGACGUCCCGUUUUCAGGCGCCCCUUUCUGUCACUCUCCCCAACCGACGUAGCCCCGUCCCGGAGCGGACCUUUACUCCUGAUGUUAGGCAAACCAGUCGUGGCGGUUUAACGACAUACCACGGCCCGGGGCAACUUGUGCUCUGGCCUGUGUUAGAUAUGCAUUCGCCAUUGUUUUCCCACUACUCGGUCAUGUCCUAUGCGAGUCAUCUUGAGGCUACUACGCGUCGCCUCCUCGCCGAUACAUUCGGGUUAAAAACGUACACAACACGGGAUGAGCCUGGAGUUUGGGUCUACACCUCUGCUGGUCAACCGGAGCGCAAGAUAGCGGCUAUGGGCGUCCAUCAUCGGCGACACGUCACGGCACUUGGUAUCGCCGUGAAUAUAGAUGUUCCUGUGGAAGGGCCUGAAAAUGUAAACCCUUGGGCUCGUUUCGUUCCAUGUGGCCUUGAAGGCAAGCUCGUAACAUCCGUGGCCGCCGAGUUGAGAGAGAGAGGCGAUAUAUCACGAUUGGAUGAUUGGGAUAUGGUGUCUCUGGCAGCCAGAUGGGCGGAGAUGUUUGACGAAGGAUUAGUGGAUGAGAAGAAGAGGGAUGUUGACGGUGAAGCAAGCACUGAGCUUCGCCGUGCCACCAUAUAG